UAUACUUGUGUAUGUGUGUCCAUGUGUGUGUGUGUGCGUUGGUGUCGAAAGAUAUUUUCGCCACAGCGAUAUCUAAAAAAGAAUCAUGCUCCCGAGUCAUGCUAUCGAUAAUCAUCGUUGAGUAAUAAAAAAAAAAGAAAGAUCCGGAGGAUAAUGGCAAGUUCCUCAUCAGAAGAGGUUAGGAGUGAGUUAUCUCCGUCAGCGCAGCUUCCUCUUAAAGGAAGAGAACCUGCCAUGGUAUCAUACGAGGAAAUAGCUCAAAAAUUGCUCAAUGAAAGGCUACUUCUUACAGCUUUGGAACUUCAUGCUGAGCUCUGUGAAGCAGACAGGGAAUUGCCUAUGCUCAGAGAUUUUUUUUCCAAUCCUAACAAUUUUGAAUGUUUGAAUAUGAAACCAGAGCCUUGCUUAUCAAUAGCAAGAUCAUCCAGUCAAGCAACAUUAGACUCAUUAGAUAUUUCAAGAUACUCUGAGGAUGGUGGUGGAAUCGACGAGAGAGUGGCAAUCCUUGAGUUUGAAUUGAGAAAAGCCAAGGAUAAUAUUAAUUCUUUACGAGCUAAUUUAACAGUAGUUACAGAAUCUGAAGUGAGUACACCAGAUAAAAAUUCAGAUAAACAUCCACUUUUGGAUCACCCGAUAAAGCCACACGAGCAAAGAGCCAUAAAUUUCUUAGUCAACGAGUACCUCCUAGCCAACUCGUACAAACUCACGUCAAUAACGUUUAGUGACGAAAUUGAGAAUCAAGACUUUGAAGACUGGCAGGAUGUAGGUUUAAACAUACCUAAGCCACCAGAGCUGCAUCAGAUUUAUAGAGAAUUCAUGAGAUGUACAGGCUAUGAUAAACCACCAUCUUGUGAUAUUGGAGUGCAGACUGAUGAUUACGAAACUGAUAAAGAAAUAGAACUGAGUAAAGUAAUUAGUGAGAUGUCUGAUGAGAUGGAGAGGUUGAAGCAGCGAGCUAGUGUAUUAGAGCAAGAAAAGAAUAGUUUACAAGAGACACUCAACAGUAAUAACUUGGCUAACUUGGCUAGUAACAAUGCUGAGCAAGGCAGCUCUGGAACGAUUCCAACACUCAAUUCAAGCUCGACGACACCCGACAAGUUUGAGAUGUUGGAGACACCCUCGACAUCACAACCAGCAAACAAUGUAACGCCUGCUGUAGCCGAGGAAGACGACAAUGCAUCUAUGGUCGUUAGUAUCGGUGAAACAGAGACGAGCGAAAGAGAUUGGACGAGGAUACAUUUGUCGAAAGGAGAUUUGAUUGACGGCUCUGGUGGCACGAACAAUGCACCGUCCAGAUACUUACCAUCGAGUUUCCGACGCGAAGUCCUCAAGUACUGUCAGAUCCCAAUUCCACCGCAAGCUUUUCAAAUAAUUGAUGAGGCGCUGAAAGAAGGCGUAACUCGCGACAAUCUUCCCGAAAUUGCGGCACAUACUCUUCCACGAAUCAUCCCCAACGUCGUGUUGAAUCGCCGCGAAGAACUCAUACCACUGAUCCUAAGCGUUAGCCGAUUACAAAGCACCACCGAAGAUAAAGAAAAGUUAUUACAAAUGGCUUUUGGAUUACAAAAGAGGCCGCACGAAGAGGAACGUCAAAUGGUACUGGCUGGGUUGAUAGCAUUGGCAAAGCAAGAGAAAGAACCAACCGAUAACGAGGAUGUGCUCAACGUUUGUUGGGAACUCAGUCAACAUAAGUAUCCUGAACGUAGAUUGUUAGCAGCCGAAUGUUGUGCUGCUUUGGCUUUGUACACCUCGAGUGGAGUCAGAAAUUCGUUAAUGAUUUCUAUGUUGCAACAAAUGCUGUUAGAUGAUAAAGAACCGGAAGUCCGAGCUGCCGUUGUCAAAAGUUUAGCCUUAGUCGUGGCACUUUUGGACGAUCCCGACAAGUAUUUUCAGUGCGAGGAGUUGGCGUUAAUGGCAAUGGAUGAUAUAUCACCGGAAGUAACGGAGGCAGCGAGCACAAUACUCAUUCCAAUUCUCGCGCAAUGGGCAUUGUCAUUGAAAAGAUUACAUUCUCAUCUCAUACCAAGAAUUAUCGAGAAAAUACAUAGCUUGAUGAAACCAACCCAUCCGCCGGGUUUCUUUGAUGGUAAUCGUGCAACGAUUCUCAUUACUCUGCUGAGAUAUUUGUUACCACACACGAUCAUUUACGUUCUCGAUACGGAAACUGUGAGGGGAAAAAUGCAAGAGAGUUUGUCUAGCCAACUACCUCAAGAAUUUACGAAUCUCUGCUGCUUACCAAUAGUAACUCCGAAGAUCUUCUAUGAAUGCGAAGUUGAAUUAGGAGUGUUAAUCAAUACGUUCUUAUUGAAUACCUGGGAUGAUUGUACGUGGCCUGAAAUAGAAUGGUUUUGCGAUAAAAUGAUUCACGAUUUAGCCGAGAUUGCAAUGUCUCUAAGCAUAUCACAACACACCACAGUUAGAGAAUUUCUUAAGUAUUUGCAAUCGACGUGCAUGGGUUUUGGCAGAUACAUCGCUCAACAGAAGAUUCUGCCAACCUUCAAACCACACGUAGACUUCCUCGAUACCGAAUUCCGUGAUAUGAACAAUAAACUAACGAGUCCAGCGCUCAUCCCCGCUUAUAUAACAAUUCUCGCAACGAUUGACAUCGACGAAUUUACCAACGCGCUUAAACACUAUCUCUUCGCAUUAUCAAUUCGCGCGGAAGAAUUAGAAGCAUUAGAAAUUGUUGUGGUGAAUUUGUCCGCUCAAGAGCUAUUCCAAGAAUACGUACUUUCAGCUUUAUGGGAUGGUGUUGUGCAUCCAAAUGCUAGUGUCAAGCGAGCUACCGUUGCAAUGUUUAGUGCAAUUGUUGGUCAAGUUUCGAUUAGAACGUUGGAUAUCAGAAUAGCACCAGCGAUUGUUACCUUGGCUAGUGACACUGACAUAAGCGUCAAGGGAGCUGCAGUUCAAGCUUUAGGCAAAUUCUUAAUGGAAAGCGAAGCACAAGAAGCAAAAGAUAAGUCACGACAGUGUAUUGAAUCAAUAUUACGAGAUCCUCAGGGUGUACCACCUGCUUUGGGUGCAACCUUAGUGUUAACUUUAGCCACUGUUGCACCUUACUGUCCGCAGAAUUACGUAGAAGAAGUAAUCGCAACGCAACUAACGGGUAUAACAGCCUCAGCUUUGCAGCAACAGCACUCUCGAAAAGUUGAACUUACGAAUGCUCUCGUAGAAGCUUAUUCGGUCCUCGUUUACUGUACCGUCAGUAACCAAUGCGUGACUAACACUAUCCAUCCUGGUCUCAAAUAUCUCGAGAGUCUUGUUAAUCAAAUAGUACCGCAACAAAAAGAUGCUGUACGUUCGUUACUUCGUGAAAUCGACUCAAGAGGUAUGGCACCAAAAAUGGACAGAUCAGCAUCGAUGGGUGAACGUUUGUCGUUAAGUUCGGUUAAUGUAGGUCAAGGCGUUGAAGAUAUGAAACAAAGGGUUAGUAAGAUGUUCCAGCAAAAGAGCUCACCUGGCUCCGUAUCUGGACUGUUUAGAAAAAAGUGAGAGUUAAAUUCAAAUAACUACAAAAGUGGAAUCUCACUGAUAAGAGAUACAAAUUGUUUGGGAUUGAUUCUCAAGUUAGCUUUUAGAGUGAAAGUUACUUUAUAAAGAGGUUGAAUUGUUUACGAAGGAAGAUACUGUAACGAAUUAUUUUUCAUACUGUUUUAUAAUCCAUGAUAGAAUAUAUUGAGUAAGAGCUAUCUUGAGAGCAAUUGAAUAUAAAAUUAAUAUUUAGCCUAUUAAAUUUAGCCUAUAAAAAAGUGUUUUGUUUUUAACAAUCAAAUUGAAAUUUUAUUACAUUAAUGUAUAAACUCUUCUCCGAUUGAAUGUUAAUCAUUCCAGGAGUAAUAAUUCCAUUUUAUGAAAAUAUAGCUGAUCGUUAUCGUUAAAUUUGUAGUUUCAUGACCAUUCCAUUUAAGAAGAUUCUCUCAGGGUAGUUGAAAGCAUUAUUAUAUUUAACUAAAAUGCUUGUUGAAAAAAUAUCGAAUAUUUUAUAAAUGCAUGACUAUAAAAACGUUUAACACCAAAAUUUAUUAAGACUUUGUAAUAUUGUCAAGAAAGAAUCUUUGUAUAUUGUGAUUCUAUAAUAAGAAUUUAAUGUUAUAACGCACACGUAAAUCUUAUGACAUUUCAUGACUGUUGAAAAAAAAAAAAUAAAAAAAAAACAAUCGCCUGCAUUAUUGAUAAUAGUUGAAGGUGUGUAUAAAUAUUCCGUACUUAAUACGAAUGCGUGUACAUAAAAAAAAACUGCACAAUAAGAGUUGGUAGGUUAAAAAGAAAUUAAUUUUAUAUCGACGAAUGAGAUUGUAAAUAUAUUUUUUAAACAAUGAUUUUUAACGAAAUUAUAAAUAUUUUUUAUAGAUGAUAGAGAGCACCUCUUACAUAUAUACAUAUUUUUCACAAAUGGAAUGUAAUGGUAAAAGUAAUUAUGCAAUAGAAUCGAAGUAGCUCAUUAUCUCAUGGAUUAUAAUAAAAAAGAUUUAAAGGCUGUUAUCAGAGUAACUAAGAUAUCCAAUUGUACAAUAUGAUUUUUAUUCAUCGUUUUGUUGUGUAGACAUUUAAGAAUAUUUGCGAUUGCGUGCCUUUUUUAAUAUAUAUACAAAUAAUGAAUUGUAUGAUGA